AUGACUGAGAAUACAAAUGGUAAUGGCAGCGUUCCCUGUAUAAUACAAGAAGUCAGGUUUGGAGGUCCAAAAUACGUGGAUUUUUUACGUUACAAUCGACUUAUUGUCCUAUCUAUCCUGGGCCUACCGGUGGGUGUGGCUGGCCUAAUCAAAAGCGGCCCAAGUAUCUGCCUGUUCUGUUGUGACAAGAAAGCGCCCCGAACAACUCAGAAUUUGAAACCGGAGUCGUCAGGAGUGACUGAGGGGCUUUACCAGCUGCACUCCUUCACUGACAGCAUACUGGUCACUCUCAUCCCACUGAUAGUUCUCAUUGUCUGCAGUCUGCAGAUUAGACGUGGUCUCCGGCGGUCGGAUCGUUUUCGUCUGGGUCCGAGGGAAUAUCCAGAACGGCAGACAGUGUCGACUUCUGGGCACAAAAUAAACUAUAGACCUAACUGCAAUAUUAUACGACGCGUUAAACUAACCCGCGGUCUUCUCAUUGCCAUCGUCACCUUCACUCGGUUCAUGCUGCCCAUGGUGCCUGUGAGUAUUGUUCAGCUGCUUUCACCUCACUUCUUUACUUCCAAUGGUGCCUACUUGAUAACCAUUUAA